UGAAGAAGUAAAUAACUCAAAAACUGGAAAACAACAUUGCAAUGUCUGUGUGCAACAAUGGUGCAAGAGUCCCUUCGCCACAAGAAACCUCCAACGGCUUCUCCCAACCCGGCGCUUCAGGUACUUGGCAUAAACCUGAGGAGGAAGCAAGAUCUACUGAACCCAGUUUUGUCAAGAAGGCCCACCGGGAAAUCUUGGACCAUGAGAGGAAGAGACGAGUGGAACUUAAGUGUAUGGAGCUGCAAGAGAUGAUGGAGGAGCAAGGAUAUUCAGAAGAGGAAAUACGUCAAAAAGUGGGAACAUUUCGUCAGAUGCUUAUGGAGAAAGAGGGAGUGCUGACGAGAGAAGACCAGCAUGGGCGUCAUAUCAUAAUUGAAAACCAUUAUGUAGUUCCUGGAGAAGAGUGUGCCACAGAGUAUUCAGUAUACGGGGAAGACUACAUGCUGGAAUGCGACUGUCACAGUGAUUGGUAUCAGGACGACAGUAGCCACAGGGAUUACAGAGCAAAAAGAAGACUGAGCAGCUCAGUUUCACCUCCUCCAAAGAAAAGAAAAAAGAAGAAAUCUAGCCACAAAAGGAGCCGCUGUGAUAGUUCAUCACCUGUGCGGAAAGAGAAGAAGAAAAAGAGUAGCAAAAAGCACAAAAGAGACAGAUCAAAUUCGGGGUCCAGAAAGAAACGGAGACACAGAUCCAAAAGCCCAAGGAACAAAAGGAGAGACAAAAAUAAAGACAGAAAAAGGUCUAACAGUGUUUCAACAGCACGCAGAAUCCACACACAUAGCAGCUGUAGUUCCCGUAGCGCAUCACUUUCAACUGACUACAGCAGCGUCAAGUCACCAAGCAGACAAAGUCCCAAACAUAGACAGGAUGACCGUAAGCCCUCUAGCCACCAAUCCAGUCGUAGUCGGUCUUCUUCCUGCACUGGCCACAGCCGAUCUGCCACCCCACACCAGAAUGGGCACAAGAGUGGCACUCAUAAUGGGCACCACAGCCAAGGACAUGGCACUCUUCUAGAAAAACAUUUGGAUGGGCUUAGUUCAGUAUCUCCUUCUCCAAGGACUCAAGUGAAAGUGGAAACUUCCCCAAGUCAUCACAAGGGCAACAGUAGGCAUGAUGUCAGAAGCCCAAGGUCUGUUUCAUCGAGUAAAGGUGGUCGAUGCUCAUCCGAUGAGAAACGCAGGCGUCGCUCCAGGUCAUCAUCUGAGAGACGCCUUGGAUGGUCCAGGGGUCGAAACAGAACGCAGAGGGCAUCAUCUGUGAACUCAGGAAGUCACACUGGCUACAGCAGUGAUUCUGAAGGAUCUGUAUUGUCAGAUGGAACAGGGGUUGAGAAGAACCAUUGCUCAUCAGCAAAAAAGUUAAAAACAAGACACCAUGGUAAACAAAACAGUUGUUCUGAGUCUUCAGCAAAGCGUCCUCGACUGAGCACAGGGAGACGGAAGAGCACAGGAAACAGAGGCAGCUCCUGGAGCUCAAGUCCAUCAGUGUCUCGUUCAAGAUCUCGCGAUAAGCGGUCAGGAAGGAGCAGGUCUCGAUCUGUCUCUCAGAAGAAGAGUCUCAACAGAGAGAAAGAUAGUGAUGCACGAGCACGACAUAAUGACACAGAAGCAGCCCGGCCCCGGCGCCGCUCCAGAAGUUACUCGCCUAUCCGGAAAAGGAGAAGGGAUUCUCCUAGCUUCAUGGAACCUAGAAGAAUUACAAGUGCCCGAAAACGCCCAAUUCCUUAUUAUCGACCAAGUCCAUCUUCUUCCAGCUCCUUAAGCAGCUACUCUCACAGUCGUAGUCGAAGUCGGAGCUACGACAGUUACAGCAGCUACAGUCGUAGUCGGACUCGGAGCCGCUCACCCAGUCACAGUAGAAGCCCUAGCUACAGGAGCAGUUCAGAGAGCGCUGGAUUCUAAGCCUAUGAGCAUCAAUUCAACCCUCUCACUAAUCGUAUUUGCUUCCUUAAGUAGAUCGUGUUUUAGUUCAACAGAUAUCUGGGGGUUGAAAUGUCAGAUAACUUGCUACAUGUAUAUAAUUUGAAGAUUCACAAAGAUUAGUAACCAUGGUAUCACAUCAGUGGAAGGGUAUUCACAUCAGUUAGGAACGGUUAAACAAACAAUUUAAGUGUAAGAUUUCGACUCUUCUGAUCUUCAAAUCGUUGAACCCACACCUGGCCAAAGCACAGAAGUUAUAGGCUAUUCAUCCCAUGCAGCUAGGAGGAAGCAACAUAUUUUAUGAUGUCAGAAACAUUCGCAAAGACUGUAUUUUCCUAAGACAUGUAAUCAAUAUUUAAACAGUAAGAUCUUAAGUGUGGCAGUAAAAGCCACUUUGGCAUAUUUAUGUAUGUAUUUAUUUAUUUAUAUAUAUUUAUUUUUGGUGAGACCAAACAUUCAUGAAAAUAUCUUUCUAACCUGAUGAAGUAAAUGCCUCCUGAUUGCUUUAGAAAUGCUUAGACUGAUGUAGUGUGAGCAGAUAACAAUAGACACAAUAGAUUAAUAACCUACAAAACACUUCCACCAGUACACUUUAGUAAGAUGACUGAGAAUUUGAUUAACAUUUCUGGAUUAAAGUAAGGAUAAGGUAACGUUUAGUCCUGUUGGACGUUUGCUGGCUUUUUUGGCAUAUGGGGAUUAUUGGAUGCAGAGAUUGUGUCAAUUCUGCUGUCAUUAAGCUACAUCUCCAACCUCUGGCCCUUGACCACCGACUAACAGAGGGAUAUUGCAGAUAAUUGGUCUCCCAGAAACUAUCCAGUUCUGUUGUCAAACAUAAGAGUGUGCUAUAGUACCAUUCAAUCCAACUUCAUGGGGUAACAUCCUAGUAACCAAACAGUGUUUUCAAACUCCACUUAAAUUGUUGCAUCAGAACGGUGCUGUCCAGAGAUGAUUAUACAAUUGUCUCAGCAAGGUAAAUAUGUCAUUUACCCAUAUGCCUUACAUUAACUGCACUACAGCACUACACAACAAGUAUGUACUUUUUUUUGCCAUUAUGAACAAAGCAAAUCAGGUACAUUUUCAAAUGUUGAAAAGCCACUUCUGAUUUUAGAUUUUUCUGCAUCUUCACAGGGUCCUCUUGCAGCAGUCCAUUAGCUUUUCUAAAGCUAUUUUUUGGAAAACAGGUAAAAUCAGGCAGUUCAAGUUUUUCUUGCAGUUACUAAUAAUAUUAAAUGUCAAACUGGUUAUAUUAGCAACUUAAUUCUAAUUCAUUUAGAGCUGAUUAUAAAAUAAAUGCUCACAUUGAAAUAUGUAAACACAUUCAGAAAGCAUCUCUGCACAAGAGCCUUGUUCGGUUUUAAUGUACUGAGCUUUUACAUAGAACAUAUUCAACCUGAAUUUUUUUACUCAUCGACAGCAUGGGCCUUUAUACUGUAAAUUCAGCCCAGUUAGCUAUAGAGCUUUGCAUUUUUUUUGUAGGAAAAGUGUAAAUGUGGAAUGCAGGUUUAAAGUAGAAUUUUAUUUAAGUGAUAUAUUUAUUUCUUGAUCGCAUGGUAUCCCCUUUCACAUAGAUUCAUUAGAAUUUGCAGAAACAGCUAAAGAGAUCCUCAUUACGGUAAAUGUUAUAAUACGUGAAUACUAUUUCCAAAUGCAACAAUUUUAAUAUUAUAUAAUGGCCGGAAAAUCACUUUAAAAACUAUUAUUUUCUUAUGAUUACGAAGAAGGAUAUAGGUCUCUGUAACAAAAAUGGAAAAAUAUACCAAAAAGAUUGUGUUUAUAUGGAGCUAUGUAUUCACUUUUUAAAGGAUGGUUGAUUUUUAAUUUAAUUUAUUUAUUUAAUAUGAUAUUUAAGGUUUUUAUUCAUGAUUAUAUUUUCAAUGUGCUUUCUGCAUUUUUAAAGAGAAGUAAAGAAUAUCUACGACCAGCUAUUGGUUUUAAAACCGCAAAAUUAAUACUGAUCAAUAUUGGGACUUAAGCAUGGCAUAGAAAGAAACUCUUAAAUGUUUAUAGUUAUAGAUAAAAAGAGGACAUUUAUUCAGAUAUUAAUGAGACAUGGUCAUAAUUGGGGUUUAUUCCCCAUUAAAGUAUUUGAUGAUAUUUUUAUUGGCAUUAUUUCAAAGCCACAAUGAACAAAGAGACUAUGGAUAGAUUUGUUAAAACUCAUGGCCACUUACGAACAAUUGGGGAACAUCAUGAACCUCAUAAAAACAGAAGUCCCUUUACCAAGGAAGUAUGGCAUGAUAUAACCAGUGACUGUUCAAGUGGAUAAUUGACCUUGGAUGAAAAUUAACCACCGAGAAACAAAAUCAAGAAAACCCUUUUUUGUUUUCAUGCGCUGCACUCUAGGGACAUAUUGUUUAAUUAUGGGGAGGGGAGGGUGAACGUUUUUGUGUUUAUUUUCGUUGGGAUAGAAUGAUGUAUAUGUUGUUUAGAUACACCAAGAUAAUAUUCCAUUGUAUAAUAUGUUGCAAUGCCUGUUUUACAUUUUGUACUAGUCAAUCUGUAAAGUUUAUCAGUAACGUUGUGCAACUUAAAAACAAAAAAAUAUAUUUUUUUUUUUUUUGCUUACGGUAAUUUUUUGGUUAAAUAACUACUACCUUUUUUCCCCAUAACAUUUCUCUAUUAAGUAAGCAGGAAUUUAAAGGUGUACAAAAAUUACUACUGUGGUUAAAAAAGCAAAAAUACAAUUUAUUAAAAGUGAUUCCUUAUAUAUAAACACAUGUAUUUUUAGUUUUGUCAACGCAGUCCAUGUAAAACCGAAUGAUGACCAAAUGAUCUCCAGUAAUGGCUGUUCUUGAUUAAUAUGUAUAGUUUCAGUUAUUUGAAGUUUAUCCACUUACCUUGUACUGGUAGCUGUCAUAAAGUCCCAAACAGUCUGAAUGUGGUGUAAUAUUGACAUUUCCCAUAAACAUCUUCAUGUUUUAAUAUGUUUGGCAAUUUUUUUUAAUUGACAAUAAAAACUGAUUACAAUAAUGUUCAA